UUUGAUUCAAUAACGUGUGGAGUCCACCACAUUCAAUGGACCAACGUACGCAAUUCAAAGCUCACCUACGACAUUCUUUGAUCAUUAUUCCUCCCGUCUGACUGUUUAAUUGGUGUAAAAAGCAAAACAUAGCUUGCACUUACCUCCCUUUGCUCUGCUCUUUGCAAUCACCUUCCUUCAUUUCCUUUCAUUUCUUUCAUUACAAACCAGAGAAAACAUGGCCGAGGCCUUAGUGGGAGGAGCGUUUCUCUCCGCCUUCCUCCAAGUGUUAUUUGACAGAAUGGCGUCUCGCAAGUUCAUUGACUUCUUUCGGGAGCAAAAAGUCACCGAUGGACUCUUAGAAAAGUUGGAGACAACGUUGCGGUCCGUGAAUGCAGUGCUCGAAGACGCGGAGGAGAAGCAAGUUACAAAACCUGAUGUUGCCAAGUGGCUCGAUGACCUGAAAGAUGCUGUGUAUCAUGCAGACGACAUCUUGGAUGAGAUUGCUACUAAAGCCUUGCGCCUCGAGGUGGAUGCUGCAAGUAAGGUACGAACCCGAAUCUCUACUUCUUCCUUUUUCAGGAAGAUAGAACCAAAGAUUAAAGAUGUACACGAAAGAUUGGAAUUUCUAGCGAAACAAAAAAAGCAUAUGGGUUUGAGAGAAGGUGUUGGAGGAGAAUCAUCAAAAAGAUUGCCCACGACUUCUUUGGUCCAAGAAUCUGAUAUUUUGGGUAGGAAUGAUGAUAAAGAGACAAUAGUUAACUUGUUGCUCUCGGAUGACGCAAAUGGAGGUGAGAUGCGUGUGAUUCCCAUAGUGGGAAUGGGGGGAGUUGGCAAGACCACCCUUGCUCAAAUUGUAUACAAGGACAAGAGGGUGAAGGAGCAUUUUGAGCUUAAGGCAUGGGUAUGUGUUUCGGAUGAGUUUGACGUGUUCAGGGUAACUAAAACAGUUCUAGAGGCAGUGACUUCGUCAACUUGUGGUAUCAAAGAUCUAAAUCUUCUUCAAGUUACACUACAAGAGAAAUUGAUGGGGAAGAAAUUCCUAUUUGUUUUAGAUGAUGUAUGGAAUGAGAAUUCUGAUUAUUGGGAUGCCUUAAGCCGUCCAUUUAAAUCUGGGGCAAUAGGAAGUGCAAUCAUUGUAACAACACGCAAUGAAGGUGUUGCAUCAAUCAUGCGCACAAUUCCAACUCAUCAUCUAAAGAUGUUACUGGAAGAAGAUUGUUGGUCACUAUUUGCAAAACAUGCAUUCCAUGAUUAUAACUCUGAUGCACAUCCAAAGCUAGAAGUAAUAGGUAGGCAAAUAGUGAAAAAGUGUAAAGGUCUACCUCUAGCGGCCAAGACAAUUGGGGGUCUCUUACGAUUUAAACUAGAUGUUAAUGAGUGGGAGAAGAUACUAAUAAGCGAAUUAUGGGAUUCGCCAAUAAACAAGACAAACAUUCUUCCAGCUUUAAGAUUAAGUUACAAAUAUCUCCCCUCUCAUUUAAAGCAAUGUUUUGCUUAUUGUUCAAUGUUUCCUAAAGAUUAUGCUUUAAAAAAAGAUCAAGUGGUCUUAUUAUGGAUGGCAGAAGGUUUCCUAGAAGAAACCAAAAAUAAACCAAUGGAAGAAAUUGGUCAUGAAUACUUCCUUGAUCUAGCAUCAAGAUCGUUGUUUGAGCAAUCAAGUGAUGAUAAAUCAGGUUUUGUAAUGCAUGAUCUUGUCAACGACUUGGCAACUUUUGUAUCUGGACAAUUUACCUUUAGAUUGGAGGAUGACCAUUCUCAGGAAAUUGUGGACAAGACUCGCCAUUUUUCGUAUGUUCGAAGAAGAAGAUAUGAUAACUUUAAGAAGUUUGAGUCUCUUUGCGAGACUACUCGAUUGCACACAUUCCUACCAUUGAAGUUGUCACCAGGCUACAAUUUCUUCUUCUUAACUAAAAGAGUACCGCUUGAUUUAUUGCCAAAGCUAAGAUGCUUGCGCGUGCUCUCUCUAUCUCACUAUCAAAAUAUGACUGAGUUGCCUGAAUCAAUUGACAAAAUUAAGCAUCUACGUUAUUUGAACCUUUCUUCCACAGCAAUUAAAAGGUUGUCUAAUUCCAUAUGUAAGUUGUGCAAUUUGCAAACAUUGAAUCUAUCAGGUUGUAAAGAUUUUUCUGUAUUGCCAAGAGAGAUGUGAAAACUCAGUAACUUACGUCAUCUUGAUAUCAACGGAACUGCCAUAAAAGAGAUGCCAAUGCAGCUGGGUAGACUAAAAUGUCUACAAACAUUAACUAAAUUUAUCGUCAGCAAACAUAGUGGGUCUUCCAUUGAAGAGUUGGGGAAUCUUACAAAUCUUCGAGGAAAGCUUUCUAUUUUAGAGCUCCAAAACAUUGGAUCUCCUACGGAUGCUCUGAGAGCAUGCUUGAAAGAUAGGAAGUACCUUGAGGAGUUGGUGUUGGAAUGGA